AUGGCGGUAGAAGAAAAUCUGAAUUUACAUGUCGUACAAACAGUGAACUUGCUUGCAGUGGUAGACUAUACUGCUGGUCGUGUGAGCUCUGGGUGGCUGAAAAUUGGGCUCGCUGCGCGAAUCUCACAAGACCUGCACUUAAUGAUGGAACCGACCAGUUAUUUAUCUUAUGCAGAGCAAGAGGAGCGACGCCGGACCUUCUGGUCAGCCUAUCUUAUAGACAAGCUGAUAUCAUGUGGUCAAGGACGUCCAAUUGUCAUACAUGAUGACGACUGUUACGUGCAGCUACCCUGCGAUGAAACCACCUUUCAAAACGGUACCUGGAAACAAACAAACACCUUGAGUGAACUACUCAAUUGGAAUGCGGAGGUCAUUGAGAAUCCCAGUUCCUUCGCUUUGGUGACAUUAAUGGCAUCAAUAUUUGGACGUUGUACACGAUACGUGCAUCGCGACAAAAAGUCAGAUCAAAUCCCUCCGUGGGAUACCAAAUCGGAAUUUUCAGCGAUCAAAUCUGCCUUGCUACUCCUAGAGUCAUACUCUAAGAUCAACGAUCGGAAAAUUUCGGAUGUUUUGCAUGAGACGCACCCAGACGAGAAAGGGCAGCUGAUAUUUGCCCAUACCCUUUUUCACCUUUGCCAUUGCCUCUUGAAUCACCCAUUUCUUGUUCGCCUGCGCCUAAAGCCAUUUGCCAAGGCCCCUAGUAGUUUCUCAGCUCAGGCACUCCAAGAUGGGGCAGGCCAUGCCAGACAAUUGCUCGAUCUCCUACGCGAAGCUACUGAAACUGGAUGCCGAAUAGAAUCCUCCUUUUAUGCAUACUGUAUUGCAGUUGCGGGGUCAAUCAAUUCCCUUGCAUCUCAUUUCGAACACCAGAGUGUCGCCCGGCGGCAGUCUGAUAUUCUUUACUAUUUUCAGCAGAGCCUCGAUUUUUUGAACUCGCUGGGCAAGUUCUGGUCCCAUUCUGCAAACAUGGUAUGUAUCCCCAAGCUCACAUAUUGGAAAAAUCUAAUAUACUUCCCAGGCCGUUCGCCUCAGUGA